GAGAGAGACAGGGGUUAGCUGCUUUCCAGGCAGUUGGCAAUGGCUGCCACACUGUGUCACCUGAACCAUGGUUCUGGGCUCAAGAAACUCAAUGACUACCUCUUGAAUUGUCCUAAUAUUACAAGGUCUUAUCAACUAUCCCCACUUUCUGGUGCUGCUGGGACUCGAAGGUAUUACAAUAGGAUUUGCAUAAGAAAACUGGAGGUCGAGCGACAGAAAGGAAGUAAAUGUUGUUUCUCAAGGUGUAGGGCAGAGCUUUGGGACAAUACUUACAAAGAGGAGACAGAUUAUAUUUCUAGAGCAACCUUAAUAUGGAGAGCGAUCAAAUUACCAAUAUAUUCUGUUGCCUUGGUUCCUCUCACUGUGGGAAGCGCAGCUGCUUAUUUUCAUACAGGCUUAUAUUCUGCUAGGCGCUAUUUUGUGCUCUUGGCUUCCUCAAUUCUUAUCAUCACGUGGCUCAACUUAAGCAACGACGUUUAUGAUUUUGAUACAGGAGCAGAUAAGAACAAGAAAGAAUCAGUUGUAAACAUAGUUGGCAGUCGUACAGGAACCAUAGUUGCUGCUUGGUUAUUGCUUGCUCUUGGUUUCAUGGGGCUUACUUGGGUAGCUGUUGAGGCUGCAAAUAUGCGUUCAUUAUUCUUACUGGCUUCUGCAGUCACUUGUGGUUACAUAUAUCAGUGCCCACCAUUUCGGCUAAGUUAUCAAGGAUUAGGAGAGCCCUUAUGCUUUGCAGCAUUUGGCCCGUUUGCUACUACUGCUUUUUAUUUAUUGCAGAGCAGCACAAGUAGUGAGCUCCCCAUAACUGGCACCAUCUUUUCUGGAUCGCUCCUGGUUGGCUUCACAACAACCCUAAUCCUUUUCUGUAGUCACUUUCAUCAGGUAGAAGAUGAUAGAGCCGUCAGCAAAAUGUCCCCUUUGGUGAGGCUUGGCACCAAAAGAGGUUCACAGGUGGUGAAAGUGGCUGUGAUCACACUUUAUUCACUUCUGUUUGCUCUUGUUUCUCUGUGCCCUGACAGCAUCAGUGGGAAAACUAGUGGUCAGCUUUGCUGAGGAGAAUCACAAGGACAAAACAAAGAUCUUUAUGGCAAAGUAUUACUGUGUGAGACUGCAUACCAUAUUUGGGGCCGCAUUGGCCACUGGGCUGGUGGUAGGUGGUAUGAUCACGCGAAAAUACGCUCCCAAUCCAAUAUUGCUUUAGAGUUUCUGCACCUUGAAUCCUCAAGUUCAUUAGGUAAGGAUGGAAAUUCAAGCUAUCGAUUCUUACAGCAUAUUCAAUGCAACUCAAUUUCAUGAUCUGCAUCUAACUAUAGAGAAGAGACUCUACUGUAUAUACAUGUUUUGGUCAUGUAUGACUAGUUUUUACUAGCAACGGCUCUUUGAAUAUAUCUCCCUGAUCCCUUCUUUUGCCCCCAAAACUGGUUUUUUUUGUUGUUAAGAACAGGGUGUUUAGAGCUACAAGAUGGAAGAGCUAGUUCUAGUUAUACCUUGUUUACAAAUUGUUAAAGGAAGAGCUACUGAUACUUAGCAUAUCCUGGCUUCAGCUUUAAUGAAGUUGCAUCCUCUCUGGACCUUCGAGCUGAGCCCAUCAUGGUUUAAUACUGUUGAUUUUUGUACCUUGUUGUGACUAAUUUUCUAAUUUGAACGAGGGGAACAAUGUAGUGCCUUUUGGAGGUGGUAUAUGGACUUGUGUAUGUUUGCCUUUAGAAUUUUUCUGUGAAACACUAUUAAGCGAUCUGAUUUGAUGUUGGAUGAGUACUUAUAUUUGUGUGAUGAAUUUAUGUUUGUUAAUAAUAAUAAAAAAAAGGUAUUGCAAUUUUAGUU